GGAAUGACAUAUAAAAGCAUUCUGCACAUAGGGACCUGCUAGGUGUUUGGUCGAACUGUCGCUGAAAUGGCUGCGACACUACCCAGUGAGAUUCUCUGUAUGGUCCUAGAUUACCUGGGAGACGAAAAGGACUACAACAGCUUAUAUCAAUGUGCACUCUCAUCGAAACUUUUUACCGAGCAUGCACUCUCUGCUUUAUAUCGGAUCUAUGACGCCUCACCCUUACGAGGCGGAGGCACCGAGGACGAACAGUUGAGAGCCCAGACUCGAAAACCAGUCUAUUCAGGCGCAAAAGAGGAGCAUAAUUCGUCGCUGAGAAAAUGGAUUACGCUCUGGCGAUCUAUUGUUCUCUCAACGCUGGAUUUGACCUAUCUACCUUACUACAGCUAUAUCCGAUACUUGGAUCUAGACGACCUAGGGAAUCUGCUAGGCUCUGGACCGUCUGUCAAGGAACAGUUCUUCACACGAGAGCUUCUCGAAUUUGUCUCUCAUGAGCGUCUUAAAGAUGGAAAUAAGCGGCGGCGUGUGCAGACUACUGCGAUCGAUAAUGAAUGGAUUAAAAGGAAGCUUGGGUCAGUGAUCGUUAACAAAAACGCCAUGAUACGAGGAAUGUCUUGCGACAUUGCGCCCGUAGUCUUAAACGAAUGGAUUGAGGUAUCACCUCAACUACAAAGCCUGACCGUCUGGUCUGGAAGUACACUCUCGCAGCAAGCUGGCGAGAAAAUCCGUGAGCACUGCCCUGAUUUCAGACAGCUCCGGAUUUACAUAUGGCAAGACAAACCGCCCGGGAACGCAGAGAUAGAAGCAGAGGAGUUGUUCAAUGCGCUGCGGCCAAACUCUUUAGAAUACUUCGAAGUGCUUAGCUUUUCUCAUCUAGGUCCCCGGUCAAUGAGCGCGUUGAGAACACAGAAGGACUCCCUGACGGAGCUGAAAUUGACCAGUCUCAACAUUGAAACGAUACGCGAACUGGCCUCAUUGGGCCCAUUGCCCAAAUUAGAGGUCCUGAGCCUAACGGACUCAGCGCCGGCCGCAUGGGACGAGCCAUUCUACGAGACUCUUGAUGAAUCAGCUGAUUGGAUUGGGACCUGCACAAAGUUAAAGCGUCUCGAAGUCAGGAGAUUUAUGCACGAUUCCAGACUGUUAAGCAAGGUAUUGAUGAACGACAACAUCCACCUCACCAGCCUAUCCUUUGCCGGCUUCAGGUUACAAGAGGGCUUCAGAUUCCUUUACGACCUUAAAAACCACAGAUCCCUGCAAUAUCUCUACCUACGCGGCGAAGGAAGUCCAGAUUCCGCCCAGAACAACUUACUAGUCGAGAGCGUAGGCGACCUCCACGAGCUUCGCGAACUUGAACUCAAAGAUGUGUCCGACUUCUUCACCAUGGAACAAGCUGGGGAACUCACCAUGUCCCUCCCCAGUCUCGAACGACUUUGGAUCAGCGGCGAAGCAUUCAACGAUUCUAUCUGGCCCGCCUUCUCGUGUCUCUCGCAACUCAAGAGUCUGGCCAUAUAUGCCCUUAGCAACUUCACAGCGGGCGGGGUCAUCGACUUCAUAUCGCAACUUGGUCCUGGAAAUUAUGGACUGAGUCUGUCCAUUCUCAACGCAACAUCUGCUGUUGAAUUCCCGGGCGAAAUGCAGGUGAAGAUUCGGGAGAUCUUGGCAGGGAGUCUGGAAGGCUCGUUUGAUUUUGGCCUCGCUCAAGAAGAGUUCAGCGAUCCUGAUUCCGAGAUUGAAUUGUCAGAUUAGGGACACGCCAAAAAUGAGGGGCUUCAGAUAUGGAUGACUUGAACACGGUAUUGGCGUAGGCAAGCGAUCUGAAUUUCAUCUUGAGUCCUUUUAUUGUCUGUUCUAAGUAACUUAGAUAUGUGGAUUAAAUUAAUCAACGGGAUUGGUGGAGUUGCUGCGGGCGUCGCGUCCACCGCGUCGAGAACGCGCUUCUCCCAAACCCGCGUCACGAUUUG